GUAUUCAGAAAAAUGAAUUUCUCAGAAACUUCUCGCAUCUUCUCAAUAAAAGAUCCCGUAGAUCGUGGGUUGAUGGAUGAAGUUCUCUUUACGCCGCUGAACAACGCCAUGGCUUCAUUCAAGGAGAUGAUGUGGGAGUUCAUCUCUCCUCUCAUCAUCUACAUACAAAUUGCUGGACUCACUUUAGCCUCACUAAUAUUUACUGCAAUCAUGAUCAAGAUCUGGCCUUGUAUCAAGCGCUGCUAUAGGAUAACCGGACGAUGUUGCAGUUGUUGUUACGCCAACUGCAAGAAGUGUGGUAACUGCUGUUGGGCUGAAGCAGAGGAAGUUGGUGGUUGCUGUUGGAUGGGUUCUGCCAAGUGUUUUUAUUGUAGUAAACAUUGCUGCAGAUUUAUAUGUUGUGAAGGGGAUGAAGAUGAGUAUAUUCCUCCCCAACCUGAGCAUCAUUACUCUCAAGAUCAUUCUCAGCAUCGUCAACAUUAUCAGAAACAAGAAGCGGAACAUUAUCCUCAGCAUCAUCGUCAUAAUUAAUAGGAUAACAGGAUAAUGUGGCCUGAUACUCAAUAGGGGUUGUUAAUAUUUUCAACGACGUGUACGGACAGCUCAGAAACCGGUUUUAUUGUAAACAAUAUUUGGAUUCUGGGAGAAUGACAAAUAAUACAUUCUGAUUGUUAACUGCUCACAUUAAAACUAGUUCCUGCUCCUGCUGUUUAAUGACGGCCUUGUAAAUUACAAACAAACUCUGUCCUUCUCUCCUUGGUCCUCUUUUUAAGGAUGGUUGCCAUGUUUUUAUUAAACACUUUUAGUAAAGAAUAAAUCUCGAAUAUUUUUUUGAUUCCUUCUCUUGUAAAAAUCUACGAGUUUUCGAUUACAAUUAGAUGUAAAAAUUUUGUUUAAAAAAUUAACAUUUUUGAAAUGAUGUCACUUGAAUUCAUAAUUUACUAGCAGCGUGGAUAUAUAUAGUUAUAGGCAAUACAAAUAAAAAGUUUAAGAUUGAGAUGCAUGAAGUUAUUAGUUCAAUGAAGUAAAUUUGAUGUAAAAUUUUAACAUUUAUAUAUGAUGAUGGACAAAUUUUUUAAAGUAAAAAUAUGUUAUCAUUUGUACCAUGUCUAUUGUGUACUAUGUGAAUCAUGUCUUUUCCUAGAUCGGUGUUUCAACAAUGCUUGAAAAAGAGAUAAAGAAACCUGGGGCUUGGGAAGGUGUAAGUGUUUCAGUCCGAAGAAGAGGGGUGUAAUUAAUCAAAUGUUUUGGAAAACAUCUAGCAUUUUUUUAUGUAAGAUUCCUCAUUUUUGUUAUCGUUUCCGCUUGAAAAAAUGUAUAAGUAUAUACUGGUACUGCUCUGUUAGCCAGGAAUGUAAAAAAAUAUUCAUCUCUAAAUAAAUAAAUAAUGAUUUGAAGAAAA